CUUUCUCGUCCGCAACCCAUCCCUUCUCUUCUCUCUCUCUCUCUCUCUCUCUCACUGGUCGUCGUGCUCGAAACCCUAGGCGUCUCCCAUGUUCCUCGAGCUCUCUCUGCUGUUCUCUUCGUUUCCGUGCUAAUUGGCCCCCGAUUCACCUCUCCAAUCCCGCUGAGGCGGUUCUGGCUAUUUGUUUUUCGCUUUUCUGGGUGCUUGAUUGCCGGAAAUGGCGAAUAGCGUCUCCACCGUGUAUAUUCAUGUCAUCGAUGACGUUAUCAACAAGAUCCGGGACGAAUUCAUCAGCUUCGGAGCAGGGGAGACCGUCUUGAGCGAGCUCCAGACAAUAUGGGAGAUGAAGAUGGUGCAGUGCGGGGCCAUAUCUGGGAUGACGGAGAGACAAUCCAUCCCCAGGCCUGGAGGCCCGAUAACCCCUGUCCAUGAUCUGAAUAUGCCGUAUGAGGGUCCUCCUGAGGAGUAUGAGACCCCCACCGCUGAAAUGCUCUUCCCUCCCACUCCUAUCCAGACUCCACUGCCCGGCACGGCCCAGACUCCACUGCCAGGAUCAGUCCAGACACCAUUGCCGGGAUUGGUUGAUCAGUCUUUGUAUAAUAUCCCCACUGGACCUUCUGAUUUUAGUACACCUAGUGAUGUCAGUAAUGGUGUUGAUGCCAAAGGCGGAAGACAUACCCCAUACAUGCAAUCACCUUCUCCUUGGAUGAACCAGAGACCACCUGUGGGUGUCGAUGUCAAUGUUGCUUAUGUUGAAAGUCGUGAUGAGGCAGAAAGAGGAGCUUCUCAUCAGGAUUUUUUCACAAUGUCAUCUGGAAAACGGAAACGGGAUGAUUAUGCUCCCCAUGUAGCAUCUGGAGGCUACAUUCCACAACAAGAUGGGAGUGGAGAUGUGACCGUGGAAUUUGUUCUGCUAGAGACAACUGGUACUCAAACUAAAGAGGAUCAUGGCAGAAAAACUGCCAUUGCUAAAACUGUGGCCAUUCAAGAGGCCAAACCAAUUGAAGCAGUUCCUCAGUUGGACGGGAUCCAUGAUGAAUAUGAUGAGUUGUUUCCUUACCAAGGGGUUGCCACUGAAGAUUAUAAUACGCCUGGAGAGCAUGUUGAACUACGGGCACCAACACCCACUGUUGGCACACCAAAACCAGCAAAGAAUGAGACUGCAGAUGAUGAUGAGCCGCCUCUGAAUGAAGAUGAUGAUGAUGAAGAAGAAGAAGAAUAUGAGCGAGGAGAAGAAGAGCCCACAACACAACAUUUAGUUCUAGCUCAGUUUGACAAGGUAUCAAGGACUAAAAGCAGAUGGAAGUGCACUCUUAAAGAUGGGAUAAUGCAUAUCAACAGCAGGGAUAUUCUUUUCAACAAGGCCACCGGAGAAUUUGAUUUUUAAGUAGCUGAUAUCUCCUCAAUUGGACUGCUGUUGGUUCAAGAUGUGUUUUCCCCUGAUUUAAGCUCUACAGAUAACUAGGUUUUUUAGGUGAGCAUGAGUGGAUAAUUCAAGAUGUUACAUGGAGAUUCAGAAUCACCACCGAAGCAUUGUUGGGGGAUUUGAUAAUUUUCUGUAUAAAGGUGCCAAGUUAAAUGAACUUCGUAAACUUAUUUCCCUAACAAUGGCAAACAACUACCGUAUUGGUUAGAAAAUUUUUGCAUUUUGUAUCCUUGAGUGAAAAAAAAAA